CUCGCGGGAUUUAAGAUUAAACGGGUGAUUUAAAAAAGGUGGUUCCCUUGCUGCACCGGACUGACAGCGGAGGGCUUCACAGGUAGCCAGCAGUAGUGCUGAAGGCUCCGCGUCCCGCCAGUCUACCCAGCAACACGUCGCUCUCGGACACGGUUAGCAGGUGCGAGCCUCGGCGAAUCCACCCCGCAUCAUCAUAUCCCGCUCAGGUCACCUUAGCGAUCGCCUACCGGCAUUUUCCAUCUCUCGUCUCCGAGGAUGAUACCUGGCAAACGAAGAACUGCAGUCAUGUCCUUCUCGGUGGCGAUAUUGGGAGCCCUGAUGCUGCAGUCCGUCUCGUCCCAGAACGCGGGCUUUGUGAAAUCACCUCUUUCUGAGACUAAGCUCACGGGCGACACCUUUGAGCUGUACUGUGACGUGGUGGGAAACCCCACCCCAGAAAUCCAGUGGUGGUACUCUGAGAUCAACCGAGCCGAUUCCUUCAGGCAGCUGUGGGACGGCGCCCGUAAGCGGCGUGUGUCCAUCAGCACGGCCUACGGCGCCAACGCCGUGAGUGUGUUGGGUGUCUCUCAUCUCAUGCUGGACGAUGCUGGGACCUAUGAGUGCAGAGCCAGCAAUGACCCGCGACGCAACGACCUGCACCAAAAUCCAGCCACCACCUGGAUCCGUGCUCAGGCCACUAUAACAGUGCUGCAGAAGCCGUCAAUCAUCGCCUCUGAACACAUCACACUUCCUGUGGAAGGCGACACUUUCACACUGCAGUGCAACCUGACCAGCGCCCACAGUGCCCACCUGGAGAGCUACUGGAUGAAGAACGGGGAGGAGAUCCCGGAAACGCGUUCCCCAAAUAGGAACACUGAGUACAGGCGGAACAAACCAAGAGGAGACGACGCCGGAGUGUACAUGUGUGUCUACACCUUCGAGAUGGCUCCUGCAGCCAAUGCCACCAUUGAAGUUAAAUCUGCUCCUGAGAUUACAGGCCACAAGCGUAGUGAGAAUAAGAAUGAGGGUCAGGUUGCUGUGCUCUACUGUAAGUCUGUGGGCUAUCCUCACCCUGUCUGGACCUGGCGCAAGUUCGACAACGGCAUGUAUAGGGAAAUUGACAACACAACCGGACGCUUCUUCAUUAGCAGCAGAGACAACUACACUGAGCUCCAGAUUUUCAACCUGGACAUUGGUUUAGAUCCAGGCGAGUACCAAUGCAAUGCCACCAACAUGAUUGGCAGCCGUGAAGAGAAGUCUGUGCUGAGGGUUCGCAGCCACUUGGCCCCCUUAUGGCCUCUCCUGGGGGUUUUGGCCGAGAUCAUCAUCCUGAUCAUCAUCAUCGUUGUUUAUGAGAAGCGCAAGAAGCCAGAUGAUUUACAAGACGAUGAUGACCCAGCUGGACCAGUGAAAACUAAUUCAACUAACAACCACAAAGAGAAGAACCUCCGCCAGAGGAAUACAAACUGAGCAGCCUGUCUGCUGAGUUUCAUUAUACAUGUAUUGACCAUAUGAAGGUAAACAAGAAAGGAAUCCAUACCAGUUGUUUAAUAGGAUUUAUCUGCCAUUAAAAGGAUGGUUGUGGAGGAGUUAAAUGAGGCAUGCCUUAUGAUUUUGUUGUGUGAGGGUGCAAGGUCAGGAAGUACUCAAACCAUUAUAGAAUUAUUAACAUUAUAACCAUUGUUGCUGCAUGCAGUUGUUCACAUUUAUGAUUUUUCCUUCUUAUUCACUAAUUUUACAUUUUUACUACUUCUUCUAAAAAUAAUGCAUGCAAGAUGUUCACCUUCUGUGUGAAGGCAGAUUAUUUUUUUGUUAUUUUCUCUGAGAGUGGCUUCAUGUAGAUAAUCUGUACUGUGUGUUCUAGAGGAAAAACUAAACUCGGCAAUGUAAAAGAAAAUGCCACCAUAAUCCGGUAUGACGGUUGUGUAUAGUUUUAUCAUUAAGCUGCAUACCAUUUUCUAAGUUUAUCAUUUUAUCAGACAAUAUCUAUUACAUUUUAAGGGCUUUGCAAUGUCCCUCUAAAUUGGUUUAAGGUUUACUUUACUGUAUGUAUAUGCAUUGUAUGUAUUGAAUCACUAUAACUAUGUAUCAGAUCACCAUUAAUAUAAAGACUCUUCAUACUAUAUGAUGCACUUAAAUGUUGAGAAUAAUGAAAAACUGUAUAAACCUACUUUAGGAGAUCUGUAAUCAUUCUACAAUAUUGUUUUAUAAUUAUGUGUAUUGUACAGCAUGGCUAUUAUCCUAUGCAAUUAUUGUCCAUAUCAAUAUAUUGAAAAUCAUUGCAGCUUUUGAUUUCUCUGUGACAAAGCUUUAAACUAGUAGGAUCACCGUAGGGCGUUGAUGGCAUACUACACAGCUGCAUGAAUUCUCUACAGCUGACGUGGGAGGCGGCGAAAGAAGCCCACGUCAGGACUGACACACGUGAAGCAAUUGCAAGAUCCCGGCUCAUUUUUGAGAAUAAAUAUCUCAAAAAAUAAA